AUGCCUGAGGAAUGGAAUGCCAUCCAGCGGGACCUGGACAACACUGAAAAGAGGGCUCAUGAAAACCUCACCCAGCCUCGGCCACUAGUUAAGAGACCCUCGCCGGUACUUCCCAUUCCAGCCGGCCGCUGCGACAGCACCGAGCGGUCCCCUGCCCACAGCAGCCCCGAAGAGCAGCCACCGAACCGGGAAACUGAGGCAGGGGCAGGCUGGGUUCACCCAAGGUCGCCCAGCGAGCCCGGUCUCCCGGGGGGGCGGGAGAAGCUCGGAGCCACCCGCCCGCCCGCCCGGCCUUUCCGGGGCGGCCCCGCACCCAUGUGUCUCACGGCGCGGAAGGAGAGGACCCCCGGGGCUGCCGCCUUCCCCUCCCCGGCGCAGGGGAGCCGGCAGGGCCGCCUCCCUCCCCUUCAGGGCCAGCGUGAGCCGGGCGCCAUCCCCGCUCCCGGCCCUGCGCAGCGCUCUCACCGACCUGGGCACCGCGGCUGCUGCUCCCGGGCACUCCCGCCGCCACUGCCGCCCGGGCUCAUGCGGGGGCUGCGCCGCACUCGGGGCCGGGCCGCGGGCGAGAAGGAGGCGCCGCCGCUGCUGCUGCCGACAUCUGCAAAUAUAAACAUAUACACGCAGGUGCACACGCGCACACUCGCUGACCUCCACACAGACACACACAGGUGCCCAGCUGCACACGCAGCCCUGGAGGCCGGCGGCAGUCCAGGGACUGGUGGCACAACAAGAGGCCAUCGCUGCCGUGGGCAAGGAGAGCGGCCGCAAGCAGCUCUGAGUCCCCCGGCGGGUUCCCACCGAGCCCACCGGAGUCCAGCCUAUCCGGCAGGCCCCAUGGCAGCCCGCCCAGGGUUUAUCGGGUUCAAUCUGGGCAGGGAGCCGUGGCCGGCUGGCAGAAGGGAGCAGUGGAAAGGGAGCGGCCGGUGGGUGACCUCUGGAGGGGAGCCCAUGCUGGAGCCAUGA